CCGUGAGGCUCUUCGAGGAGGAAAGCAUGCAUGAGUUGGCACCAAUAACAGCCCGCUCUUAUACUCUGGCACACCUUGGAGCUUCAUUUCUAUCUUUGCUGUCUUUCUUCUGGCGUUGGAAGGAAACUCGACGAGAAGGAGCAGGGCAGCUAUACAGUGUGUUCAAGAGCAGCAAUGUGGACAAUUAUCCCGAAGGCUAUCCACAACUUGCAGCUUUCAUGAACAGCGAUGAGAGCUUUGCAAUAUUUCGAAAAUUUGGCCAGACCAACUGUCGAGUGAUGAUCCACCUCCAGUCCGAGAUCGCGGCACUCGAGAAGGAACUCGAAGAACUCGAUCGAUCUGACGCAAGAGAUGGAUCUUCGACUUCGUAUAGACUGGUGAGCACUGAGCAUAGGACGGGUUGGGACACUCGCCAAAAAGACAUAUUAAAGCAGUUGGAAGAAAAACUGCCCGUGUACUAUGAUUUGAUGUUGAAAGACAAACAACUGAGGGCAAUUGGGCCACCUCUGAAGCGUGAUCAUCGAUCAGUGUUUCACUGGAUUGAGUGGAAAAAGCCUAUUGCAAAAGGCGAAGAUGACUGGAUCUUGCACAAGGAUGAUCUGGUGACACUUGCCAAUAUCGACCACUUCGAAUCUUCACUCAUUACGCCAUGGUCCAGGCUUCUCUUUGGUUCUUCAAAACAUGGUGUCAAUGAAAAGGAUCUAGUGGUCACAUACUUCUCCCAAAUGCGAGUCACAGGGGCAGCGAAACUGUUCAGCGUAUUAGUUGCCGUUGCGAUCUUGAUUAUUCCUAUAUCUCUUUUUCUGUGGGUUCCUUUGAGUCGCGGCUGGACCUCUGCAACGGUUAUCAUUUCUGUGUUGGUGUUUUCAACCAUGCUAUCACUGUCCACAAAUAUCAAAGUGCGAGAUAUUCUACUCGGAUCUGCAGCCUAUUGCGCGGUUUUAGCGACUUUUCUUGGUAACCUGCAAUCAGGUUCGGGCUCUACACCCUCGAACCCAAGAUAGUAGUGCUCCAUUUGACGACCAAAUUGGAAGAUAUUCAAAAACAGUCGGG